UGCUGCUGCUAAGCGCUUGGGAUCGGUCGAGACCGCGGUGCUUGCUCCUUGCUCCAGCCGUCACCGCCGCCGUCGAGGGAGCGGCCGCCUAUUGUCCUUCUCCGCCGCCAAGGCGCGGAGCUGCUCCGGCUCGGCCCGCGGGGGAGCCCGGGGAGCCGCACGUGUCCUGGGUCAUGAAACUUAGUCCACAACAAGCUCCAUUAUAUGGCGAUUGUGUUGUUACAGUCCUGCUUGCUGAAGAGGACAAAGUUGAAGAUGAUGCUAUUUUUUACUUGAUAUUUUCUGGCUCUACCCUCUAUCACUGCACAAGUACCCGGAAAGUCAGUUCUGAUACGUUGGAGACAAUUGCUCCUGGUCAUGACUGCUGUGAGACGGUGAAGGUGCUGCUCUGUGCUUCCAAAGAGGGCCUUCCUGUGUUUGUAGUCGCUGAAGAAGACUUCCGUUUUGUCCAGGAUGAGGCAUAUGAUGCAGCUCAGUUCCUGGCAACCAGUGCUGGAAAUCAGCAGGCCCUGAACUUCACACGGUUCCUUGAUCGAUCAGGACCCCCUUCUGGAGAUGUGAACUCUCUGGAUGAGAAGGUCGCACUGGCAUUCAGACACCUGAAGCUGCCUGAAGAGUGGAAUGUGUUAGGGACGGAUCACACAUUGCAUGAUGGUGGCCCUCGGGAAACCCUCAUGCAUUUUGCUGUGCGGCUUGGACUGCUGCGGUUGACAUGGUUCCUGUUACAGAAGCCAGGUGGCCGUGGAGCUCUCAGCAUCCACAACAAGGAAGGGGCAACGCCUGUAAGCCUGGCACUGGAGCGAGGUUAUCACAAGCUUCACCAGCUCCUGACUGAGGAAAAUGCUGGUGAACCAGAUUCCUGGAGCAGUUUAUCCUAUGAAAUCCCUUAUGGAGACUGUUCAGUGAGGCACCAUCGAGAAUUGGACAUCUAUACAUUGACUUCCGAAUCUGAAUCACAUUGUGAACCGCAUGGAGACAGUUGUACUGGACAUAUUUCUAAACUUAUGAAUAUCCAGCAGCAGCUAAUGAAAACAAACUUGAAGCAGAUGGACAAUCUCAUGCCCUUAAUGGUGACAACACAAGAUUCAUCUUGUGUGCCCUGUGUACCAGAGCCUUCUGACCACCAGCAGCUUCCUUUUGAAGAAACUAAGAGCACUGUGUGCUGCCAAGGGAGUCCUGGGAGGAAGGAUGCAAGUCCCUGUGACUUGUCAAGUGUGGUUGAGGAAGAAAAUGUCAUCUGUUCUCAUAAGAAAAAUAAAGAUGCUGGGAGACCAGGGGAAGGGGUGGAGCCAGCGUCUGCCGUGGACUCCAGGUCUGCAUCUCAUCAAGACAGCUGCCUUCAGAGCAUACCCGACUGUGGAGUGAAGGGGAGAGAAGGCCUGCCAUCCUGUGGAAACAGAAACCAAGUAACUGGAACACAAUAUUCUGGAGUUGCCACGUGUCAGCAGCCCCUGAGCAGCGAGAGCAGUGUGCCGCAGGAUGUCCUGGUCACAGAACCAGAUGCGCGCCAGCACUCUUCUGGAAGGGAGCUACCAGACAGUUCUUCAACAGAUGCUGGUGCCCCAGAAAAGGCAGGGGAACUAGAACAUAGCCUACUUACCCCAGAUGCUACCACCCAGAACAGUAAGCCUCAAGUAGGGGAAAGCGCAAAGGAGAGACUUGAGAGUUCCGACGUUAGCACCGCCGAGGCGACUGCUGUUCAAGUUCUACAUGAACCCGAGGAGAAAGCUGACGUUACAAACCAUGUCUUUGCCGCCCGUGCUGUGGGUGCUGACGCUCCUGCUGAGGCUUCACCUGCAUCGAGUCCUGAAGAAAUCCCCCCUGAAAAGACUCAGGAGAGAGGCUGUGAGGGGGGCACCACAAGUGACCAGAGCUCCCAGGCACUUCCUGCUGCUGCUGCUACAGAAGACAAGGUUUUAGAUGGACUAGAACUUGAAACUCUUCCAGCCUGCCCUUGUGAGACAGCAUCAUCCUUGGAUUUAACCGUGUCAGGGCCAAGACCAGAUGGGAUGCCAAAACAAAACUCAGAGUCUAGUGCUCAACAUGCUCAGAGCCUGAAUAGCCAGGCCCCGCUCUGCUCUAGCGCAGGGGCCGGCACGCCCUCUGCUGAGUCUGCGUGUCCGCAGAGCACAGUGACCUCUAGUGGCGGGUCGGUAAUAGAGCAUGGCAGUGGCGAAGCUAGCCUGCCCGAAAGCACAGCAGAGCAGCCAGACAUGCAAGGUCUUUGCACCACCCCCUGCCCAGAAGACCCACAAGCUGACACAGUCACUUCUGACACUGCAACACACAACCAGAAAUCUGUGGGGUCUUGUCAUCUCUGUGCUUUAGAUGCAAAGAACCAAGGAAAAGAUUUGAGACAAGAUACACCCUCAAUGAACAUGCUUGAGGGUGUUCCACAUCUGCCUUCAGUUGUCCCCCAAACUGAGGAAAAACUAGUGCCAUACCAGGUAUCACCUCCAGGCAGCAGUUUCUCUCUGGCAAGCAAUCCAGAGAGUGAAUCAGUAACCAAAGAUGACGUACUUUCUCUCGUCUCCUCCCAGAAAGAAAAGGGAACAGCAACUCCUCAGCUCCAUAGAGCUACAGCUUGUAGCGAUGGCCUAGAUGGAAGAGAUCUGGAUGAUACGGAUAAGGUAGGAGACGGGGCUACCAGCCCACCUACACCCUCUGCUGUAGAGCUUCAGACCAGCAUGGGGAAUACUAGCCCUGUAGGUGUUGGAGAGCAGGAGGGGUCCGGCCUAACAGCAACACUUGAAGUGCUAAGUGACUCCUUGCUACAAAGCGUAGAUAAGGCUGCUUUGGUCUCUGACUCUCUUCUGCCUGAAGAAGGUGGCAGUACAGUGGUUCCAGAAAGUUCCACAGCUCUGGGGCAAGGUGGCAAAGACAAAGCAAUGAAAUGUCCUUCUGUUAAAGAAGAUGUGCAUUCGUCAGAAAUGUCAAGGGAGGACCAGAGAACACCACCUCCUGGGCAGGAGAUAUCAAGAUUGUGUGAAAAACCUAUGUCAGCCCUCUGUGCCGGGGAGAAAGCGCUGCAGCACAGUAACUCGCCAGACACACCCUCUGCCUGUCUGCAAACAGAAACUAAACACAACAAGGAAGUGGCCCCACAGGGCUCCCCGCUGACUGAAGGUGGGGCUGUACAGAACCCAGUGCCACCAAGAACAAGUCUGUCUGCCGGUUCAGAGCAGAGUGGCUCAUCUCUGCUGCCAGGUGGUGCGUCUGAGGCACUCCGCUGUAGUGAGCCUUCGCUCAGUGUCGGCGUGGAGAGCAUUCAGUUCCAAGGGAAAACCAGUGCUUGUAAGGUAAGCAGAAAUGCAAUGGAGGAUGUUACGGUGGCUGCUGCUUUCCUAGCUACUGCUGAGCCCACAAGAGAGGAUUCAUCACACCACGUCAAAGACAUCCCAAUUUCAGACUUGUUAAACCAAGAGAAGAAAACGACUCCAGGUUUGCCAGAAGCUCUACUGGACAAAGGUGUCACUGACUUACAGGAAGUCAUAACCCCAGAGAUAGAACCACUUGAUUGCAAGAGAGAGAAACUGGAGGGAACAGACCUUAGCUGUCCCACAAGUAAAUCCAAAGAGACUCCAAACAAUGAAGAAACAACACAGCCUCCUGCCAGGGACCUCCCCACAGAGACAGGGCUCUCAGCUAUCAAUGACAAUGGCCCCCAAGCUGACAUGAAGCAAGUGACUCAGGCACUGGUCCCAGGAGAGGAAAGUAACGUUACCACUGUACUUGGAAUGGUCUCAACCCAAGCUGCAGAUGGGCCUCCUGGAGCAGACUCCAUAGAGGAGAUCGCCACUAGGAUAGUGGAGGCCGUCAUCAAGCAGAUCAAGGCCUCCAACACACUAAGGACCCAAGUAGAAAUCCAGAAUCCGCCACUGUCCAGUUCAGAGAUUAAGGAGAUAGAGAGCGCUGGUUCAGAGAGUGCACGUGUUUUCCUACCUGGGGAGCCCCUGCAGAUGGAGAAUACUCACAAAGAAACCACUGGACACUGUGGGGUUGAGACAGAGGAACCAGAGAAAAUAAUUCUAGCUGUCCACAGGCCUGAGCCAGCACCAGAAAUGCCGGACACUAAAACUGGAGGUGAAGUGGAUCUUCUGAGUAAGAGCAGCGCUGCUUCUGAGGAGGAGGCUGUAGGAAAUGGAGCUGCCACGCCCAAGAUGAAGCAAGUCCCAGGGACCCAGGCGAUCAACCGAGAAAGCUGGUGUGCCAUAGAGCCCUGCCCUGAAGCAGCAUCUCUCUUAGCUUCCAAGCAGAGCUCAGAAUGCAGAAGCUUCAUAGAUGUCAGACUGGGCACGGAGUGUGCCACAAAAGAAGGCGUGCUCCAGAGAGCGUCAGGGAGUGAUUCUGACCUCUUUCACUCACCCAGUGAUGAAAUGGACAGCAUCAUCUUCUCAAAGCCUGAGGAAGAGCAGUUGCUUUGUGAUACAACAGGAUCCAGUUCUUCAACAGAUGACACAGCUUCCCUGGAUCGACAUUCUUCUCAUGGCAGUGAUGUGUCCCUUCCUCAGACGUCCAAGUUAAACAGGUCCAGAAACCAUCAAAGUUCCAAUGGCUUUUUCAGCCAUGGGGUGAACCCUGAGAGUCGGGAAGGUGAGAGCGAGCCUGCUGGCUCUGGUGAAAUGGAAGAGGAGGAGAUGGACAGCAUCACUGAAGUGCCUGCAAACCGCUCUUUUCUGAGGAACUCCAUGCGCUCUCUUUCUCCUUUCCGGAGGCACAGCUGGGGACCUGGGAAGAAUGCAGCCAGUGAUGCAGAAAUGAACCAGCGGAGUAUGAGCUGGUGUCCCUCUGGUGUGCAGUACUCGGCUGCCCUGAAUGCUGACUUUAAUAUCAGAAGUUUCAGUCUGGAAGGCUUGACAGGAGGAGGUGGUGUUGGAAAUAAGCCAUCCUCAUCUCUAGAAAUAAGCUCUGCAAACUCCAGCGAGCUCAGAAACCCUUUCAGUGGUGAGGAGCAGAGGAGCUCUUUGAUGUCGCUUUCAGAAGAACACCUGGAGCCGGACCAGAGACAGCACCAUAGGAUGUUUGACCAGCAGACAUGUUACAGGUCUAAACAACAGGGAUUUAACUACUGUACAUCAGCUAUUUCUUCUCCAUUGACAAAAUCCAUCUCAUUAAUGACAAUCAGUCAUCCUGGAUUAGACAAUUCACGGCCCUUCCACAGUGCCAGUGCCAACCUGACAGAGAGUAUAACAGAAGAAAACUGUAAUUUCCUGCCUCCAAGCCCCUCAAAAAAGAGUUUUGAAGAAAAGAGUGGGACUAAGGUUAGUCGCACCUUCAGCUACAUCAGGAAUAAAAUGUCCAGCAGCAAGAAGAGCAAAGAAAAGGAAAAAGAGAAAGAUAAAACUAAGGAAAAAGAGAAGGAAUCUAAAGAGAAGGAAAAAGAUAAAAAGACUCUUAACGGGCACACUUUCAGCCCCAUUCCUAUUGUGGGUCCCAUCAACUGCAGCCAGUGCAUGAAGCCUUUCACCAACAAGGACGCCUACACAUGUGCAAGUUGUGGUGCUUUUGUCCACAAAGGCUGCAGAGAAAAUUUAGUCUCCUGUGCAAAGGUCAAAAUGAAGCAGCCGAAGGGGAGCCUCCAGGCACACGAUACAUCAUCGCUGCCCACAGUCAUCAUGAGAAACAAGUCUUCACAGCCCAAGGAGCGCCCUAGGUCUGCAGUCCUCUUGGCUGAAGAGGCCAUUGCUGCACCAAUGUUUACUAACAGAAGGUCCCAGCAGAGUGUCUCCCUCUCUAAAAGUGUCUCCAUACAAAACAUUACUGGAGUUGGCAACGAUGAGAACAUGUCAAACACCUGGAAAUUUCUGUCUCAUUCAACAGACUCACUGAAUAAAAUCUGCAAGGUCAAUGAGUCAACAGAAUCCCUUACUGAUGAGGGAGUAGGUACAGACAUGAAUGAAGGACAGCUGAUGGGAGAUUUUGAAAGCGACUCUAAACAGCUAGAAGCAGAGUCAUGGAGCCGGACAGUGGACAGCAAGUUCCUUAAACAGCAGAAGAAAGAUGUGGUCAAGCGGCAGGAAGUGAUUUACGAGUUGAUGCAGACUGAGUUACAUCACAUCCGCACACUGAAGAUCAUGAGUGACGUGUACAGCCGGGGCAUGAUGACAGAUCUGCUCUUUGAGCAGCAGAUGGUGGAAAAGCUGUUCCCCUGUUUGGAUGAACUGAUCAGUAUCCACAGCCAGUUCUUUCAGAGAAUCCUGGAGCGGAAGAAGGAGUCUCUGGUGGAUAAAAGUGAAAAGAACUUUCUCGUCAAGAGGAUAGGGGAUGUGCUUGUCAGUCAGUUCUCAGGUGAGAAUGCAGAGCGUUUAAAGAAGACAUAUGGCAAGUUCUGUGGACAGCACAACCAGUCUGUCAACUACUUCAAAGACCUGUACACCAAGGAUAAGCGUUUCCAAGCCUUUGUGAAGAAGAAGAUGAGCAGUUCAGUAGUAAGAAGGCUGGGAAUCCCAGAGUGCAUUUUACUUGUAACUCAGAGGAUCACCAAGUACCCAGUUUUAUUCCAAAGGAUACUGCAAUGUACCAAAGACAGUGAAGUGGAGCAGGAAGACCUCACCCAGUCCUUGAGCCUGGUGAAGGAUGUGAUUGGAGCCGUGGACAGCAAAGUGGCAAGUUAUGAGAAGAAAGUGCGUCUCGGUGAGAUUUACACAAAGACAGAUAGCAAGUCGAUCAUGAGAAUGAAGAGUGGGCAGAUGUUCGCCAAGGAGGACCUGAGACGGAAGAAGCUGGUGCGGGACGGAAGUGUGUUUCUGAAGAGCGCAACAGGAAGGCUGAAAGAGGUUCAAGCAGUUCUUCUCACUGAUAUUUUAGUUUUCCUUCAAGAAAAAGACCAGAAAUACGUAUUUGCAUCAUUGGACCACAAGUCAACAGUGAUCUCCUUAAAGAAACUGAUUGUAAGAGAAGUUGCCCAUGAGGAGAAAGGCCUGUUCCUCAUCAGUAUGGGGGUGAAAGAUCCAGAGAUGGUGGAGGUCCAUGCAAGCUCCAGAGAGGAGCGGAAUAGCUGGAUUCAGAUCAUUCAGGAUACAAUCAACUCCUUGAACAGAGAUGAAGAUGAAGGGAUUCCCAGUGAGAAUGAAGAAGAAAAGAGAUUGUUGGAUACCAAAGCCCGGGAGUUAAAAGAACAACUUCAGCAGAAGGACCAGCAGAUCCUCCUCUUGCUGGAAGAGAAGGAGAUGAUUUUCCGGGACAUGACUGAGUGCAGCACUCCCUUGCCUGAGGAUUGCUCCCCAACACACAGCCCGAGAAUGCUCUUCCGCUCCAACACAGAAGAGGCUCUCAAAGGAGGACCACUGAUGAAAAGUGCAAUCAGUGAAGUGGAAAUCCUUCAGGGGUUGGUGAGUGGAAGCCUUGGUGGCACACUUGGGCAGCCCAUCAGCAGCCCUGCUGAGCAGGAAGUCAUGGCUGGGCCCAUUUCUUUGCCCCGGAGAGCAGAGACCUUUGGAGGAUUUGACUGUCAUCAGCUGAAUGCUUCCAAAGGAGGUGAGAAAGAAGAGGGUGAUGAUGGCCAAGAUCUUAGGAGAACAGAAUCUGAUAGUGGCCUGAAAAAGGGUGGAAAUGCUAACCUGGUAUUUAUGCUUAAAAGAAACAGUGAGCAGGUUGUCCAGAGCAUUGUGCACCUCCACGAGCUCCUUAGCAUGCUGCAGGGUGUUGUGCUACAACAAGACAGCUACAUUGAGGACCAGAAGCUGGUGCUGACAGAGAAGGUACUCACAAGGAGUGCAUCCCGCCCCAGCUCUCUCAUUGAGCAGGAGAAGCAGCGGAGCCUGGAGAAGCAGCGCCAGGACCUGGCCAACCUGCAGAAGCAGCAGGCACAGCACCUGGAGGAAAAGCGACGACGUGAACGUGAGUGGGAGGCCCGUGAGCAGGAGCUUCGAGACCGAGAGGCCAAGUUGGCCGAGCGGGAAGAGACAGUCCGUCGUAGGCAGCAGGACCUGGAGAGGGACCGCGAAGAGCUCCAGCAGAAGAAGGGCACUUACCAGUGUGAUCUAGAGAGACUACGGGCUGCCCAGAAACAGCUGGAACGGGAGCAGGAACAACUGAAGAGGGAUGCAGAGCGGCUCAGCCAGAGGCAGAUGGAGCAGGACCUUUGCCAGGUUUCAAAUAAACAUGGCAGGCUGAUGCGGGUCCCGUCCUUCUUGCCCAAUUCGGAUGAGUUCUCCUCGCUGUCUACACCUUCUAUAACCAAAUCAGGCUCACUGGACUCAGAACUCUCAGUGUCUCCUAAAAGGAACAGCAUUUCUCGGACACAGAAAGAUAAGGGGCCUUUCCAUAUACUGAGCUCAGCCAGCCAAACAAAAGUACCAGAGGGGCAGAGCCAGGCCCCGUCCAGCACCUCCACUUCCACCCGACUCUUUGGAUUAUCUAAGCCAAAGGAAAAGAAGGAGAAGAAAAAGAAGAGCAAAGGAAGCCGCACUCAGCCUGGUGGGCAGCCACCUUCCAACCCUGACCUGACAGUGGAGCUGCCGGGGCACUCCUGCUGCCCCUGUGCACAAGUCUCUUACACUGGACGCCCACUGCCCCUCAGCGUCCAGUCCUCCUGA